AUGCCCAAAAUCACCGUCGCUGUCGCUCAAGCCCGCACGCACUCCACCCUCGCGACAACCCUCGACGCCCUCUCGCGAAUCACCCACCACGCUGCCUCUCGCGGCGUGCAUCUCCUGCUCUUCCCGGAGGCCUAUCUCGGUGGAUACCCGCGGACGUGCUCAUUCGGCAGCAGCGUCGGCGCGCGCCAACCGCACGGCCGCGACCAAUUCCUCUCGUACUUCCACUCAGCGGUCGAUUUGGGCGAUACGCCAGCGGGAGCAGGAGAUGACUGGGUCCGUCGUGCGCUGCCGGUCGCCGAGGGGAAGAAUCAUCGCGGUGACGGCACGCGCGAGGCGUUAGAGAAGAUUGCGCGCGAGACGGGCGUGUUCAUCGUUACGGGGGUGAUUGAGCGCGCGGGCGGGAGUCUCUAUUGUGGUGUUGUUUAUGUGGAUCCGUUGAGGGGAUGUUUGGGGAAGAGGAGGAAGGUUAUGCCGACCGGAACAGAACGUCUCGUCUGGGCGCAAGGAUCCCCCUCGACCCUCAAAGCCGUAACCACUUAUCUCAACGGCGUCCCGGUGACCCUCGCGGCGGCCAUCUGCUGGGAGAACUUCAUGCCCCUGCUGCGCCAGAGCCUGUACUCGCAAAACGUGAACAUCUAUCUCGCGCCGACGGCCGACGCGCGGGAUACGUGGUUACCGUUGAUGCGCACGGCUGCAUUUGAAGGCCGCACGUUCGUGCUCAGCGCGAACCAAUGCGUUCGGUAUAAUGAGUUACCUGGGUGGAUUACAUCUCAUGGGGAGGGCCAGUUUGCCCAGGGUAAUGUCCCGACGACGCAGACGCAACAGAUGCAGACGCAUUAUCGGAAACGGUCUGUGACGGCCGAAGGACUGCAUGAGAUUGUCUGGCCGGAUGGGAAGAAGGGAGAUGCAUCCACCGAAGCAGUAACCUCCCCUACCACCAGCACCAGCACCGGCACCCUCUCAACCGAAUACGUCUGCCGCGGCGGCUCCUGCAUCAUCGACCCGCAAGGGCAAGUCCUCGCCGGACCCAUCUGGGAAGUCUGCGCCGACGACACACCCGAUUCCACGGCCGCGGGGUACACGGAUGGCGGACUCGGUGGGAAGCCCCGGGCCGUGGGCGACGGGUUACUCGUAUCGGAGAUCGACGUCGAGGAUUGCGAGCGCGGAAGACUCGAUAUGGACGUUGCGGGCAGUUAUUCGAGAAACGACGCGUUCCGGUUGCAGGUUGAGGGGUUAGAUUUGAACCCGCCUCCUUUCUAG